AAGAGUAUGUUUUGUUGGUGAAGUCACGAAAGUGUUAUAGCAGGCGGCGAGUGCAGAUCACCAGUUACCACGACUCCUACAGACAGUGAUAAGAAGUUGUUACGAACAGUAUUUUGAAGAAACGUCACCAACAAAGCAAUCACCAUGAAUAUGGUAUACAAAGGAUUCGGGAUGUUGAAGUACAUGUAUAAUCAGUUGAACCCUGCAACCCUGACAGGUGCCAUUGACAUCCUUGUUGUUGAACAACCAGAUGGUUCCUUAGUUGCUUCGCCUUUUCAUGUUCGAUUUGGUAAACUUGGAGUUCUACGAGCACGUGAAAAGCUGGUAAACAUCGCUAUCAACGGUGAGCGUGUCAAGGAUCUCCAUAUGAAACUUGGGGAUCAGGGUGAAGCUUUCUUUGUGGAGAAAAUAGAUGAGGAAGAAGCAAUCCCACUUCGCCUCAUGACUUCUCCCUUACCCUCCCGACCAUCCACGCCAACAAAAGAUGAUUCAAAUAAUUUUGGUGAAAGUGUUUUCAGUGAAAGUGGAAAGAGAAGAAGGAGAAAGAAGAGAAAGAGAAAGUCCAUCGUUCCUCCCAACACAUCCUCAGGAGCGGGAUCAAACUCUUGCUCAGAUGAGGAAGAAAAAUUGGAUGUUGGGGCCCAGGAAAGUGAGACUCUUGCGGAACCUUUGGAUGCGAACAGAACGUCAAGCCAAAGCUCUGCGGAUUACAGGGACCCAGUGGGUUGCGUUCCCAAGUUACGCGUUUCAAUGUAUGACAGCGAUGCAAGUGACUGCAGUGUGGAAAUAUCAGGUUCAUGGGAAGACAGCCCUGAUGAAAAUCGAAACAACUUUUCUGAGAUCCGGUGUGUUCAAUCUGAUAGUGAAGUUGCUAAUUUGGACGAGUUGCGCGGUGUAAUUGAAAGUCCGUUCAGUGAUUCUGAAGCAAGUUGUAACCGACAAGGUUCAGGAAUGAUGUGGGGUUGGGGGCAACUUCCCGCUACAAAUGAUAGAUCGCGAGAGUCCUCUACAUCCUCUUCCACGUCCUCGGAUGACGUCGAGACACAGAAGAUCGUGGAUCAAGUAGAAUUGGACUUCAGAAAUGUUGUUCACAUUGAAAAUGAAGUUACAAAGUCAGAACUUGCAAAAGAUGAAACUACCUCUGAGUCCAAACCAACAGAGAACCCCCCAACCAGAGUAAGGAAAGAUACAGAAGGUCUUUACCUUGAUGAUGUAUUGAGUCUUGAACCAUCUGAAGCCAAUUUAUACUUGCAGGGUGGUCCAAAAGAGCUACCAACAUCACCUGAUAUAAAUGAACUACCCACUAGUGCAAGUGACAUUGAUAGUGGAACUGAUUCACAAACUCAUGACGAUCAAGCGUUUGUUUCAACCUUUAAUGAGGAAGUUAGCAUGUCUUUGUGUGGAAUACCAUCUGGAUCUGCAGCUGUACAGCCAGAAAAAUUCCAAGAAAAGCUUGUGACGUAUGAAAACUUCAUGCAGAAUGCCAUGACCAUUAUCAAUGAUCCAAACUUGGUUGUCAAAAUUGGUGAUCACUACCUCGCAUGGCAGCAUGCUGCUCCUGUCAUUACUGCAAUGGCUGUGUUUAAAAAACCUGUUGACAUGAAAUGCUUAGAAAGAUUAAUUCAACCCAGCACCCCAGCUUUACCCCAAUCAGGAAGUAGAUUGAUGGGUUGGUUAUGGAGACGCCCAUCCCGAAACGAAAAUACAGUGGUAUCUCAAAACGAUGACAACACUCCGGCUUCAACCACCUCCAAGCAGCAGGAUGCUCCUAAAAGUCAUACAAAAGUUGGAAAAUCUUUUUCAGCUUCAUCUGCCCCACGAGCCCCCAUUGCUCCUCGUGGAAGGCGACAAACAGAACAAACUCACAACGAUCAUGAAUUAUCAAUAAUCAUGGAACCGGAACUGAAAAGAUCUCAAUCAGUGGAAGACAUUUAUUCUCAUACGUCCGAUGAUCGUGACUACCUCACAACAGAUAGUUUACUUUCGCCACAAGGAUUAAAAACCAUGAGAAAAACAACCAGACUUACACAUGAUCAACUGAGUCAAUUAAACCUGAAACCUGGUGCCAACACAAUAACAUUCAGUGUCACGACCCAAUACCAAGGCACCACUCGAUGUGUGGCGACUGCUUUUAAGUGGAAAUGGUGUGAUAAGAUCGUUGUGUCAGAUAUUGAUGGCACCAUCACUAAAUCUGAUGUAUUUGGACAAAUUCUACCAGUGGUUGGGAAAGAUUGGACACAAGGUGGCGUAGCACAACUGUACCAGAAUAUCAGCAAGAACGGUUACAAGUUCAUUUAUCUAUCUUCCCGUGCAAUUGGGCAAGCUUCGAUGACAAAAGAUUACUUGAAUUGGAUCAACCAGCAAGGAGCUUCCUUGCCACCUGGACCUCUUCUUCUUUCCCCCACAUCAUUGAUGAUUGCGUUUAAAAGGGAAGUUAUUGAAAAGAAACCGGAAAAGUUUAAGAUUGAAUGUUUGAAAGACAUCAAAGCUUUGUUUCCAAACAAUCCAUUUGUUGCUGGCUUUGGAAACAAAACAAAUGAUGUGUGUGCCUACAGUGCAGUUGGUGUUCCAGGCAACCGUAUGUUUACUAUCAACCACAAAGGAGAAUUAAAACAAGAGCAACUGCAAACAUACACCACCACUUACUCUGGCCUUGGUGAUACAGUGGACCAUUUCUUUCCACCUUUGGAUCAAGACCAAGGAUUUGACCGUGCACAUGAGUACAGCGAGUUUACUUACUGGAGGGAAGACAUCCUUACUUUUGCAGAUGAGCUCGAAAAUUUUGCCUAAACUGACUUUUGUAAUACAGACAACUAGCUAAUUCGUAAUAGACCAGUUACUGACAUGGUGGAUCUAUAAAUUUCUAUAGUUGCAAGUUUUUAGACGGUUCAAUCAAAGCGAUGCCUCAACACCACUUUUGUUCAUCAACUCAAUUUUUUGUUUUAUGUAAAAAAGUUAACAUGUUGUUGCAAACGUACCAGAAGUAAUGUCACCUCUCAUGUAUCUCAUGACAAUUUGCCUUUGUGUGUUACAUGUCCUCCUUUCCCAUUUUCUCAACAUAGAUGUUGUUUUCUUCAUUGUAAUAAUUGUUCUUUUUAAUUUACGUUACGUCUAGCUUUUUUGUUUAAUCUCAUGGCCUACGCUUCCAUUUGUGUUCUAAUUCAGCACUUAAGUUUUUCCCAUUGACACUAGUUCCAUAUCUCUUUGAUAACCUUUUCUGAACGUCCCAUCUUUAAAUUAGGCAAAUUACCUUACUUUUAAUUUUGAAGUGAAUCUUAAGCGUUGGAAGACUGUGAACAAGCUGUUUGUGGACGAAGGAAAUGUGCUUUAAGUUGUGAAGACCGCCAACCUUUGUUAGCAGUGUUUGUACGUCUGGAUAGUUUUUGUUUAGGCGAGUGAAUGGAAUAUAUGCAAUAAACACCUCUCGUGUAA